AUGAAUCGUCCUCAUCUGCUGCUUCUGGCGCUAUGGGCGCUGGCCAUUUCCGCGCAGGAAUUGGUGCCGACCACGGCCGUGGACGACCUACAAGGCGACCUGCAAAUCCAAGAGUGGAUGCGAGAGCUGCGGCGAGUUAAGCGAGCUCCGACACGAAGUGAAUUCAGAGAAUGUUGCACUGUAAGAAAGUCAAUGAGGAGGAGACUGCCAGAUGUACGACCGGUCGUAGUGGUAUUGCCGGGUUUCGAUGCAACGCGUGCCUCGACGUACUAUCAAGACGUGCUUUAUCCGGAACCUCUGCGGCGCCGCAGGGCGAAAAGAGCCAGAUACUGCCCGAUCCUAGUGUCGGCGCCGCCAAUUCCCCCACCGGACGCUGGAAAGUGCGUCGUAUCAAGGGCAUCUGGCCGUGAAAUAUGCUACCCGAGUUAUGAAGAUCUCGACACAACCUGCACAGAUGUGACAGGAAGGAGUACGUCGGGUUUGGUAGCCCCACCGGUGAUUCCCCAUGCAACAGUUCGCGCGAUGGCCUUCGUGCCGCCGGACAACCUACGACGUCUCAUCAUACAGUAUUAUCGUCAGCAGGGGAGACUAAUGCCAAAGAACAUGACUUUUACCCCAAAGUCAUUCCUUUUCGUAAAGUACCAUUGCGAUUUCGGUUAUGAAAUGAUCGACGAAAUCGACACCCUAUUUUGUCACCAGAAAACUUGGGUGAACACCCUGCCAGUCUGUCGCGGAAAAGGUUUGUGCGAGAAAGACAAUGGUGGGUGCAGUCACUCAUGCUUGUCUAUCAACGAUGCGACUGUGGAAUGCCGUUGUCCAAGAGGCAUGACUCUUGACACCGAUGGCAAAACUUGCAUCAAGCCUAUCCCCAAGACACUAUGUCGAUCUCUGGCGGGUUGCUCCUGCGCAUCAAUUGAUGACAACCAGUAUUCUUGUACAUGCCCGAAGGGAGCUAAAUGUCUACUGUUACGUGGACCUCCAAAACUAUAUGUCGAGCCACAAGGCCCCUAUGAAGUGCCUCCUGGAGGCAACAUCAAUAUCACCUGCUCAGCUGUCGCUUAUCCCUUCCCAGACAUCUACUGGGGAGAUGAGCGUGUACACAACAUCCCUUCCAAAGUUGGAACAGUAAAGAACGAGCAGAUACUUAUUAUCAAGGAAUUAUUCAAAAAUGCAGAAUUCACAUGUCAUGCCAACAACUCCAUGGGGAAAGUGGAAAGGACCGUGAAAGUAAUCAUCACUGGUCCCGGCUCUGCUCCUGUGCUUCGCGGUGCACUAUCUGGUAGAACAACGAUCCAGAUUCGCUGGGACCCACCGCAUGUCAUUAAUCGACCGAUUACCAGCUACACUGUUUACUACACAAACAAUGGCAACCAGCCCAUCAAGAACUGGCAAAAGCUGGAAGUGAAAGAGCCCAAUCAUCAGGCUACUAUCGAGAAUCUACGUCCCAACACGCAAUACUACAUCCGGCUUCGGGCCAAUGACCAAAUGGGACCCGGUAGAUUGGGCAACCCAGCUUCAGUUACCACACUGAGACCAGCUGCGAGACCUUUGGUAACUAUCGAGCAAGGUGAGGAACUCUUCGUAGCACCCCUGAAACCAUUUGAACUCGGAUGCAACAUAACCAGAGCCGAUCCAGUCCCAGUGGUCACUUGGCAGCAUAAGGGCCGCCCAUUGAACAAUGGUGAGAAGACUCUAUACAUGAAAAUGCACAUUGGCGGUGUCAUCGAGAAUACGGUAUUCUCGUGCGUUGCCGAAAAUGAAGCGGGAAAGAGCACAAAGCGCAUCAAUAUUACUGUAACUGGUCCUACUGCACCUGAACGUAUUCGCUAUCAAGUUGACGGCGAUAAAGUGAAUCUGCAGUGGGAAUUGCCACGAAUUAUCAACGCACCCAUGGCUGGUUAUGAUGUACUCUACACUGAUGACCCUAACCUCCCUGAGGACCAGUGGAAAGUACACAAAGUGGAGGAUCCUCACAUGAAUACUGCGACAAUCCCGGGGCUGAGCGAGAGAACACCGUACACGUUUAGAAUCCGCGGUCGAAACAAGCUUGGUGAAGGACUUCUUAGCGGUGCUUUCAACGCCACAACGUGGCUGGGAGCACGUCCUCCAUAUGUUAUGAUUAGUCCGAGCGGACAGAUUGUCAAACAACCAAGCAAUGAGCCACUUAGCAUUGAAUGUGAAGCCGUCGGUGUACCAAAGCCAAAGAUUAUUUGGCUGUGGAGUGGACAGCUUGUUGAGGAUGGAAAGGAUGAGUUCCGCGUUUAUGACACUACACCCAUAGACGCUCAAGAACGUUCCAAGAGCAAGCUUAUUGCACAGAGUACGACAAGGACUGGAGUGGCCACCUGCCAGGCAGUCAACCCUGAAGGCUCUGAUGAGAAGAGAGUUGAGGUCAAAAUUCUCGGACCUGGCAGUGCACCUCUGCACAUUCAACCAACCCCAAUGCACACUGGUUUCGAUGUGGCUUGGCAGCCACCUAAGAGACCUAACGGAAGAAUUAAGAAUUAUAUCGUCUACUAUACCAAAGAUCCAGAUGCACCACUCUCCCAGUGGAAGUCGCAAACUGUAGGUGGUGAUGUGAGGAAUCUCACUGUGCAAGUGGAUGACGAAGACACUCCAUAUGUGGUGAAAGUACAAGCUGCAACGAAUGACGGUCCUGGUAUUAUUUCUGAGCCCUAUGAUGUGACAACAGGAAGAAGACAAAUUCCUCUCACCGUCAGACUUGAGAUCAGCGAUCCACAUGUAAGUGAAGAUGCCACCGAGACGGAAGUAGACCCUGCACAACCAAUUCAUUUCAAAUGUAUUGCUGAGGGUCGCCCAAUGCCUAGCGUUUCUUACAGUUGGUUGCCUAUGAACUCUACUGAGAGCGGUGAUGAGCCUGUCCCCAUUCCCAUCAAUCCGGAUCCAUCAAAAGAUCACCGUUAUAUUUCCAUCCAAGUUUACUCGACCACAUCCACGAAACGCACAUUGCUUUGUCAAGCAAGAAAUCCAGACGGAACCGUGGAAGACAAACACUCGUUCAUCGUGAACAAACCUGGAAGCCCUCCAAGAGACGUCCAAGCAAUUGUAGACCCAGACAACAGAGUGACUCUCACUUGGGAGGAGCCGAAGUAUCCGAAUGGAGAUAUCACGAGCUACAAAGUCUACUUGACCGGAGAUCCAUCGAAGCCAGUCGACCAGUGGCAAGUGUUCGAUGUGAAGGAUCCGAGCGAACCGAAGCUGGUGUUCGAGAGAGGAGAGUUGGAGCCGGAGAGCCCGUACUAUGUGAAGAUUGCAGCUGUGAAUCCGCAUGGUGAAGGAGUGCACUCCGAUGUGUCGCACUUCAACACAGUCAGCGGAGCUCCGCUCGACUCGCCGAAGGAUAUACUCCCUGCAGUGGCAGAGGACAAUACGGUCAAUAUCACCUGGUCUGGACCACGAGAUCCGAAUGGACCCAUCAAAUCAUACACUAUCUACUUUGCACCUGAUGAUGGAACCGCCGAUGACGAUUGCAAAUCGUGGCCAAAUCGGAUCGAAGUGCCUUCUACAGAAGAUCAUGGUACCAUUACCAUCGACAAAGAUCAGUACAACAUCAGGCCCAAUACGCCAUACAAGGUGUGCAUGUCAGCCACCAAUGACCUUUCUGAAGGACCUGCAUCUGAGCCGACAAUGUUCGAGACAGGAAGUGGAGAAACUCCACCAGUGAUCACGUUGAAUCCACCACAGAACAUUGUUUCCGUGGAACCAAGGGGAUCGGUGUCGAUUGUCUGCACGGCCACAGGCAUACCACAACCUCAUGUUUAUUGGGUGUUGGAAAACGGCGAAAGAAUAGAGGGAAAGACUCUACAACUGAGAGAUUUGAUAAAGGAUACAUCAGCCACUUGCAAAGCAGAGAACAAAGCCGGAGGUACUCAAGAAGUUGUACAAAUACAAAUAUCGGGUCCUGGCACUCCUCCUAACGAAAUCGUGCUUUUGCCUAUGCCAAACCAAGUGAUUAAUGUGGAAUGGACCACACCUGAUGAGGUGAAUGGACGAAUUACCAAUUACAUCGUGCACUACGGAGAAGUACCGGAAGGUGAAACGGAACCUAAGGAGUGGAAUAUGGCGACUGUGGAUGGACUGGACGUCAAUCAUCAACUGCAGCAACUGGACCCAAAGAAGAACUACGCUGUUCGUGUACAAGCAGUCAGCGAUCGUGGACCAGGCGUCAUGUCAGCUCCUCAAAUGAUUCGGACACUUCCACUUGCCCCAGCUCAAGUCAAGAAUCCAGAAAUCUCCGUAUUUGACAACAACUCCGUAGUAAUCGAAUUUGUACCUCCAGCAGAUCCUGAACAUCCUGGAAAACAAAUCAAGGACUUCGUCAUCCAGUACACAUCAGAAGAUCCGCCAACAGACGAGACCGAUUGGAAGGAGCUUCGUUACACCGAUCCAGACGAUACGGACAAUAUCACUGUUGUUCCUAUUGACGGUGAGAACUUCAACCCUGACACAAAGUAUCAUGUGAAGAUCAUUCCCCGUGGAGAGAUCGAUGGACCAGCUAGCGAUCCUACCGUGUUCACAACUGGAGAUGGAGUGAUUCCACCAUCGCAGCCGGAAGUGAAUGUGGAUGCUCCCGAUAAUAAGAUUCGAGUUCCCGCCGGCACCGACUACACGGUAUCGUGUUCAGCGACCGGUUUCCCACCUCCAGAUAUUCGAUGGGUGGACAGUGAGGGCAAUCAACUUUCUGACGGUCCGACAUUGAAACUGGUGGAUGUGAGGAGAACGGUGAAGGCGAAGUGUCUGGCUGAAAACCGAGGAGGACUCAAAGAAACGGACUUCACCGUCUUUGUCGCAGGUCCUGGAUCACCUCCAGAAAAUGUUAACCUCCAUGCUGAUAAGCCAGUCACAAUUACCGUUCAAUGGGAUCCACCUACUAUUCCAAACGGCAACAUAACGAAGUACAUUGUGUACUACACUCCGCUAGAUGACCAGGAUCCAGCUCAUCAGAUCGGACAGGUCCAGUCAAGGCCUAUCAACGAAUGGCUUACAUAUCACGACAUUCCGGACAUGGAUGGCACUCGUCGAGUGGAUUUGAAAGACUUUGUCGAGACAGAUACUGCCUACGCAGUGGUGGUACAAGCAAUUAACGACGAUGGACCUGGCCCGUAUUCGAAUCAGUACACCAUUCGCACUAUGUCGCGAGCUCGAGAAGGACCGCCAACAGACCUGAGAGUGGAUCCGGAUGGUCAAAGAUCGGCAGUGAUGGAGUGGAAGAAACCAACUACAACAGAUGAGAAUCCGAUCGGAUAUGAAAUUUACUAUGUGCCUGGUGAUAAGAGCGUUGACGCCGACGAAUUGGUGCUGAGCGAUUGGUCGAAAAUCGUCAUCGACGAUCCAAAUAAGUUGACGCACAGGAUCCAGAACCUACUGCAACCAGACACGGACUAUGUAUUCAAGAUUCGUGCAAUGUAUCCCGAUGGCCCCAGCGUGUUUUCCGAACCUUGCAUCAUGAAGACAUUGCCAGAUGGAAACGCGCCAUACAUCCAAAUCUCGACUGGUGAAAAUGGAGUGGCUGGUAGCACCGACAUCGAUGUUUUGCCCGGGUCACAGAUCACAGUAUCCUGCAAUGCUACAGGACUGCCGCUGCCUUCCGUGAAAUGGAUCAGAGGUGGCACGUACGAGAUCGAUCCGAGCACGGUGGACACUGCAGCCAAACACGCUCAGUUCUCGCUGAAGGUGGCAAAUAUUACAGAAGACACGACCUUCAAUUGUGUCGCACAGAAUCCACUUGGACAUGCAAAUUGGACCAUCAACGUCAACCUUCUGCCAGGUCUUGAACCGGACUGGAAGGAUGAUUUUGUCGUCUCAAAAUCCGAGAACGGUGUGGUAGUGUUGGUGUUCAGUGACAACCUCCCAGACUACCUCAAGCCACCGAAUGACUGGGUGAUACGGUAUACCGACGAUCCCGAGAAGCCAAAAGAUGAGUGGAAUGUGGUACCUUCAGAUUCAGCCACUUUGACAAGAGUGGCUGUACCUGACAUGGAGCCAGGAACCUACUAUUACCUCGUUGUCGACAGUCCCGAUAAAGGCAUUCAGACUCCAACGCUGCUCGUCAUGACUCCCAAGCCUCCUAGCGAAGUUCGAGUAGGAACGAACAUAAAUGACGAAUCGGUAGUAGAUUUCAAGGAGGCAGUAACUUCACAACCAGUCAAGAAAUACUCGAUAAAAGUGUGGAAGGUGGACGAUCCUAGCAAUAUCAAACACUACGAGACCAGUCCUGAUGCGACUAGCGGAGUUGUUCUCGAAGGACUUGAACCCGAUUCCGAUUACGCGGUUCAGGUUGCGGCAGAAUUCGUCGACGGUGACAGCCUUCCUAACGAACCAGUGAUUGUCAGAACACCUCCAGGCGGAGUAACAUGUGACUGCGCUCAUGCGUGCACAUUUGAGGAAAAGGAGGAUGGUACGAUUGCUUCGAAAUGCUAUUGCCAUAGCGGCUUUGUGCUGGGCGAAGACCAAAAGUCGUGUGAACCUUCGACAGACACUCCAACAACGUAUACCAUCGUUAGGGUGACUCCCCCGUCCUUGACAACGGAAGUGCAACCAGUAGAGAUUCUAAGCAGCACACCUUCCACUGCUGGUGAGGAAGAAGCCAAAGUUGCCCCCACCGAUGCGUCAGGCAGAUACGUCGGUUUCGACUCAUCUCCCUUGCCCACUGGUCCAGAUGGAAGAAUCCUUGAAUAUGAAGAAGUGGAGUCUACAUCAAGGCCGACAGAUUCGAGCGGACGUGAAGUGCCGCACGUUGUGGGCCCCGAUGGUGUCCCGCUCAAGAUGAAUUCUGAGGGUGAACUGCUAGACAACAACGAAAAUCCAAUAACCGUUGAUGACGAUGGGAUUCCUCGCGACCCAUAUGGUAGAGAACUUCCCAAAAACAAAGAAGGAGUGUGGAUAUACCCACUGGUUGAUAAAGGUGGAAGGCCACUUCCAGUGGAUAAUAAUAACAUGCCCAUUAUUAAGAUGGUUGAUGCCAAUGGGAACGCUAUACCACUAGAUGACAGAGGCCGUCCACUUGAUUCUACUGGUACUGUCAUUAGCACCGACUCCAUUGGAAGACCGUUGGAUAGCGAGGGACAACCUUACCCUAUAAAUGAAGAAGGCUACUUUGUAGUCGAGCCCGGCGAAGGAGCAGUCGACGAGGGUGCAGCAAAGAUUCCACUACUUAUAGUUGAUGGCGAGCCUGUGAGGAUGGAUCAAGAAGGGCGCUAUGUUGACUCGCAAGGUUCCAUCAUUCCUACAAAUGCAGAAGGUGUACCAAUAGAUGAGCGUGGAGAGCCACUCAAGAAAAAUAAAAAAGGCGAUUACGUUCUCCCAGUGACAAAGCCAACGGAUGAAACUGCACCAACUCAAUAUGGUGUUAUUGAAGGACUGCCCACAGAUGAAAGUGGACAUGUGAUAGUUCCAAUAAAACGCCCUGAUGGCUCAUCAUUGCCAACCGAUGCUUCUGGUAACUUUGUAACUGAGGAUGGAACGGUUAUCGAAAAAGAUGAAGAAGGAAGACCUCUUGGCCCUGAUGGGGAAGUGCUACCCACCGAUGAUUCAGGCAAUUACAUAUACCCACUAUUUGGACCAGAUGGUAAACCUUUGCCCACUGAUAGGCAUCAACGUCCUAUUCAUCCAGUAAAAGGUGCUGAUGGAGAGCUCUUACCAACGGAUGAAUCAGGUCUUCCAUUACGAAAAAGUGGAGAGCCUAUUCCGACUGAUGCCAGAGGAGUUCCAUUAGGCGACGACGGAGAACCUCUCCCAACUGACGAAAGCGGAAAUUUUGUUAUUACCGAGACGGAGGUGACACCAAGCAAAGAAUUUCCGACUGACGAAACCGGUAAUGUGAUCUAUCCUAUCAGGAAAGCAGAUGGAUCUCCCCUACCAACUGAUGCUUCCGGGAGCUACGUAACGGAAGAUGGAUCAGUUAUAGAGAAGGAUGAAGAAGGUAGGCCAGUGGGUCCUGACGGUCGGGUUCUGCCUACCGACGAUGCUGGAAAUUACAUCUAUCCCGUACUUGGACCCGAUGGACAACCUUUGCCAACGGACGAGAACCAGCGACCCAUCCACCCAGUGAUUGGAUCCGAUGGCAAACCUUUGCCCACAGACGACACAGGUCAUCCGUUAGGGAAAGAUGGGCAACCCAUUCCCACAGAUGCAAGCGGUGUUCCGGUGGAUGAGAAUGGGCAGCCAUUGCCUACCGACAGUAGCGGGAACUUUGUUGCUGUUCCACGUGAGAAAGCAGUCAGCCAGGCUAUGCCAACUGACGAGAGUGGUAGCAUUAUUUAUCCGGUGACAAGACCUGAUGGAUCUCCAUUGCCCACCGAUUCCAGCGGAAAUUAUGUCACUGAAAAAGGGACUAAAAUAGAGAAAGACAAAGACGGGCGACCGCUUGGUCCAGAUGGGCAGGUAUUACCAACGGAUGAUUCUGGAAACUAUAUCUACCCUGUUCUUGGACCCGAUGGAAGCCCUCUGCCCACUGAUGAAAACAGGAGACCUAUCCAUCCAGUGCUUGGAUCCGAUGGCACUCCCUUACCAACAGAUCAAUCAGGGCGUCCACUAGGGAAAGAUGGAAAACCAUUACCCACGGAUGCUAGCGGCGUUCCGCUGGAUACUGAUGGACAACCACUACCUACUGAUGAUAGCGGAAAUUAUGUUGCUGCAGAAAUCGGGGUGUCACCAAGCAAAGAGCUUCCAACGGAUGAAAGUGGAAAUGUCAUUUAUCCUAUCAAAAAAGCAGAUGGAUCGCCCUUACCGACUGAUGCAUCUGGUAACUAUUUGAUGGAUGACGGCUCGGUUAUUGAGAAGGAUGAAGAGGGAAGACCCGUUGGACCUGACGGAGUUGUGCUACCCACUGACGACGCUGGAAAUUAUAUAUAUCCUGUACUGGGACCAGAUGGAAGACCUCUGCCUACGGAUGAACAUCAGCGACCCAUUCAUCCAGUGUUUGGUUCCGAUGGCAAACCCUUGCCAACGGAUGUGUCAGGACGUCCAUUAGGAGAAAAUGGGGAACCCGUUCCCACAGAUGUUAGUGGUCAUCCGAUAGACAAGAACGGAGAACCUUUGCCUACCGACAGCAGUGGAAAUUUUGUUAGUGUUCCACGAGAAAAGGCCAUAAGCAAAGUGAUGCCAACAGAUGAGAGUGGUAAUGUCAUCCAUCCGGUCACGAAGCCGGACGGCUCUCCGUUACCUACUGAUUCCUCUGGGAGAUACGUCACUGCCGAAGGAACUAUCAUCGAAAGGGAUCGCGAAGGGCGUCCACUUGGUCCGGAUGGACAGGUUUUGCCAACAGACCAAUCUGAUAGCAGUGGACAUUAUACGGUUGCAAGGGAAGAAGCUGAGGGAUUGCCUACCGAUGAAAGUGGUAACGUCAUUUACCCUGUUAUAGGACCUGAUGGAUCACCUUUACCAACAGAUUCUUCUGGAAAUUAUGUCACUGAAAGAGGAAGUAUUGUUGCGAAAGACGAGCAAGGAAGACCCCUAGGGCCUGAAGGGCAGGUGUUACCAACAGAUAGCUCCGGAAGUUACAUCUAUCCUGCGCUAGGUCGUGAUGGGAAGCCACUGCCAACUGAUGAGUUUGGGUUUCCACUCCCAGAGGGCACGGAUGCUGAGUUGCUCCUUAAAUCCAAACAAUGCGCUGCUGGCGAGCCGAGAACAGAGACACUGCUCUUUAUCGUUGAAAGUUCCCAUAAAAGCUCCUCGUAUCUGGAGCCAAUCAAAAAAAUGCUCAAGGCUUUUGUAAGCUCAAUACCAGAUAGUAGCAUGCCAAAGAUUGGCAAGAUAAUCUAUGCUGCUACGACCGAGGUCACGAUAGACAUAGGACACUAUGCUGACAAGGAAGAACUCAUCAACUCCUUCGACGAAAUCAGAGAAAUCGGAGGGUCUCCAGACGCCAAUCUUGCUUUAAAGAUUGCGUUACAGCAUCUUCUUGAAGAAGAAAGAGGAACUACGGUGGUCCUUCAUUUGCACGUGACUCCGUUGAGUUUGAGAGACAGCUCGCUAGCGGAGGGUAUGCGAAGCAAGAACGUAAAGUUGGUGCAUCUUAACGAAGAGAUGUGGUCAAAACAGGACCCUGAGGCGCUCCAAAAAUUCGUGUGCUUGAGAGACAUUGCGCGACCCUCACAACCGGUGACCAAACCAGACGGAUCACCACUGCCCACUGAUUCAUCUGGAAAUUACAUCACCGAUGACGGAAAAAUUAUUGAGAAGGACGAAGAAGGACGACCGCUUGGUCCUGACGGACAACUGUUGCCAACUGACUCGUCUGGAAAUUACAUCUAUCCUGUUAUUGGACCUGAUGGGAAGCCAUUGCCAACUGACGAGCACAGAAGGCCUAUUCAUCCGGUAUUUGGUCCCGAUGGUAGUCCUCUGCCAACAGACGAAACUGGACAUCCAGUGGGAGAGGAUGGCAAACCUAUCCCAACAGAUUCCAAAGGUGUGCCGUUAGACGAGGAAGGGGAGCCUCUGCCAACUGAUGCCAGCGGUAAAUACAUCAUUUCUGAGGAAGGCGAGGAAACACCAAGCCAGGAGCUUCCAACUGACGAAAGCGGAAGUGUCAUAUAUCCCAUCAGGAAAGCAGACGGAUCACCGCUCCCCACGGAUGCUUCUGGUAACUAUGUGAUGGAAGACGGGUCCGUAAUUGACAAAGAUGAGGAUGGUAGACCUGUUGGCCCUGAUGGCACAGUGCUACCCACUGAUGAGUCUGGCAGUUACAUAUAUCCUGUACUGGGACCAGAUGGAAGACCUCUGCCUACGGAUGAACAUCAGCGACCCAUUCAUCCAGUGUUUGGUUCCGAUGGCAAACCCUUGCCAACGGAUGUGUCAGGACGUCCAUUAGGAGAAGAUGGGGAACCCAUUCCCACAGAUGUUAGUGGUCAUCCGAUAGACAAGAACGGAGAACCUUUGCCUACCGACAGCAGUGGAAAUUUUGUUAGUGUUCCACGAGAAAAGGCCAUAAGCAAAGUGAUGCCAACAGAUGAGAGUGGUAAUGUCAUCCAUCCGGUCACGAAGCCGGACGGCUCUCCGUUACCUACUGAUUCCUCUGGGAGAUACGUCACUGCCGAAGGAACUAUCAUCGAAAGGGAUCGCGAAGGGCGUCCACUUGGUCCGGAUGGACAGGUUUUGCCAACAGACCAAUCUGAAGAAGGUAUCAUAGUCGGACCUGAUGGUAAAGCUCUUCCUGUACCGCAUGACGAAAGGUGCUCAUUGAAAAAUCUCAAAAUGGACAUCGUUUUUACAAUAGACAUGAGAAAGCUGUCCAACUCUACGUUCCAGACCAUUUUGCGAGCUAUAUCAAGCUUUGCUGAUAGGGUCGAUUUAUCACCGGACGUGACCCGUAUCGGAGUUGUGUAUGGCAAUAAGGACAUCGUUGUUCCUCUUCCGCUUGGUGGAUACCAGGAAAAAGAGCAUAUGAGGGAUGAGCUCCGACGGAUCGUAUUCUCUUAUGACGAUUCAGACGAUCGCGUGCCUUUAUAUGGUUCAACGAAACAGCAAUUCACCAUGUUCCCGCGACCAGACAGCGCCAAAAUCAGCAUAAUCUUCGGAAAUGAUAUAACUAGGUGA